UUUUUUAAAGAUUUAUUUACUGUAUGUAUAGGAGUACACUGUAGCUACUGUCUUCAGACACAUCAGAUGAGGGCAUUACAGAUGGUUGUGAGCCACCAUGUGGUUGCUGGGAAUUGAACUCAGGACCUCUGGAAGAGCAGUCAGUGCUCUUAACCUCUGAGCCAUCUCUCCAGCCCGAAUCUAGGUUUUUUUUUUUCUGUAAUGAACCACCUCUUUUCUGAUACCAUAGUCUUUCUUCUAAGAAAAAAUAUUUCCUUUUUAUAGAUUUGUUAUUGUUGGUAUGUGUUAUGUGUCUACAUGAAUGAGUGCUACCUAUGUGUGGGUGCCAGUGGAAACCAAGUGAGGUCACCAGAUUCCUUGGAAUUGGAGCUAUGAAUCAGACUCAGGUCCUCUGCAAGAGCAGUGGACCUUCUGCUGAGCCAUCCCUCCAGCCUCUGGAAGUUUCUUUAGUUUCUUCAGAUCACUCAGUUCAGUUUUAGAAGUGCACAAAUUCCUGAUUGAGACACAGAUAAUAUUCCGGAUAUUAUCUGUGUGUUUGUUUUAUAUUUACAUUUACAAGAUUUUAAAUUUACUAAGUUUUUAUAGAUGGAUGCCUUGACUGUAUGCAUGUAUGUAUAUCACGCAUCUGGGAUUAUGGAUGGUUGUGAAUCAUCACAGGAAUGAAUAUGGGGCCUCUGCAAGAACAAGUGCUCUUAAGCCCUAAGCCAACUCUCCAGCCCCUAGAUACAGACACACACACACACACACACACAGUUUUUCAAAACAGGAUUUCUCUCUGUGGCCCUAGGUGUGCUGGAACUUGCUUUGUAGACCAGGCUGGCAUGAAAUUGAGAGAUCUCCCUGCCUCUGCCUUUCAAACGGUGGUAUUAAAGUGUGCACCACAGCCAUGAUAUUUUUUGCAUUAGUUUUUCUUAUGAAACUAAUUUUCUUUGUUCGGGACAUCUUCCUGUGGCCUUCUAGGCAGGUCACGCUGGAAGAGACUGGUCUAGUAGCCCUUUUUAUGUCUCUCCAACUCCAUUUUUGGAAGUACCUGGCAUACUUGACAGAGUGACAAGAGGAAGUUAGGCUAGUGACACGGUGCUCAGCGCUGAGUACUUGAAAAAUUAUUUGCUCAAUAAAUAAGCAAAAUGAAUAUAUGAGAAAGACUGGGGUUGACCUGGAAAGGUGAGUCUCUGUUGCAAAACGCAAUUUGGUCAACAAAUAUUUGCGUACUGUGUCCUUGCCUUGUGGCUCUCCCUCAAAAUACAUGGUAAACAAAACAGCAACCGGCCUUGGGCAAGGAGUUUCUACACCCACUUCUUAGCUGCAUGAUUCUAUUCUACUGUUUUGUUUUUUUAUCUAUUGAUUUUGAGGAUUAUAUUCUAGCCUAAGGAAUCGAUUUAGACCCGCUAAUCCCAAAUGUUAAGACUCCUGAUGUUUGGAUCCAAGCUACCCCCUACCCCUCAUGCUAAACUUUCUAGUGUUGGCUGGGGUCCUUGGAUGGAGAUCCUUCAAAGGAAUGGAUCGCACAUCCACCAGAGGGUGCUGUGAGGGCAGGUCUGUGGCUGGAGGGGAGCUCGCCCAAUGACCCUCAAACCCAGGUAGGCUUAUUAGUUGGUUUUCUUUCUUGGUGUUUCCUCCCUACCCGCUAAAACCGUCGAUGCCCCUCCCCCCACGAAGGGUUUCGUUUUGAAUAUAGUGAUUCGACUUUCGCCGCGACUCCAGCAGUGCUUGGUUCCAGAGGAAGUCUGGCCUCUGUCGCAGACGUCCCGCGGCUGGAGGCCGCCGGUCCUCCGACCGGCCCGGAGCGCAGGCGGUGGGUGGGUGGGGACCUCCGGGGCCGCAGCCAGCCGCCGCGCCGCAGGGGCCGCGAAGGGGUUAACCCGGCGGGGGGGGAGGGGGCGCGGGCCGCGCGUGCGCUCUGCCUCCCUCCAUUGUCUCCACGGCGGCGAGGAGCGCCGGCGAGCGCAGCCCGGGACCGAGCGGGGCGGCGCGGCUGGCUGGCGGGGCCGGCGGCGGCUGGAGCCGGAGCGCGACACCACGCGACCGCGGCUUCCAGAGCUCCGCCUGGCUGCCCCACCGCCGCGAGCCCUCCCGAAGCCUGGAGGAGUGCGGGCCGCCGGCGCCGGUCGUCGAGUCCUGAGACGGGGAACGCGCGCGUCGUUCCGAGCCUUCGCCGCUUCCUGCUGCGGGCGGGCGAGCGGCCUCCUCCGGCGCCUCCCUAUCUUCGCUGCGGCUCCUCAGGCUCCCGAGCCCGGGGGCGGCCUGUGGCGCGAGGCGCCCGCUCUGGACCGCGCGUCUUCGGACCUUAAGAAGAACAUGCAUUCGGCUUGGACAGUUUGAAAUUCUUAGUUUGGGGUCCCCGCACGCUUGCCUUUUCCACCCCGCGGAUUUUUUUUUUUUUUUUUUUGAGGAUUUUCCCUUCUCCUUUUUUCAUUUUCUCUCCUCGGGGCUCUUUUGUGACUCCCCCAACCCCCCGCCUUUAUGUUCGCCCGGCUCUCCACCCGCUUCUGAGUGGUGGGGGAGGGUCUCGGCCUCCACGUUCCCGCCCCACCGGGCCCCGGCGAACAUGGGGGGCAAGCAGAGCACGGCGGCCCGGUCUCGGGGCCCCUUCCCGGGGGUCUCUACCGAUGACAGCGCCGUGCCGCCGCCGGGAGGGGCGCCCCACUUUGGGCACUACCGGACGGGCGGCGGGGCGAUGGGGCUGCGCAGUCGCUCGGUCAGCUCGGUGGCAGGCAUGGGCAUGGACCCCAGCACGACCGGAGGGGUGCCCUUUAGCCUCUACACCCCCGCCUCCCGCGGGACCGGCGACUCAGAGAGGGCGCCGGGCGGCGGAGGGUCCACGUCGGACUCCACCUAUGCCCACGGCAAUGGUUACCAAGAGACCGGCGGCGGUCACCAUAGAGACGGGAUGCUGUACCUGGGCUCCCGAGCCUCGCUGGCGGAUGCUCUACCUCUGCACAUCGCACCCAGGUGGUUCAGCUCGCACAGUGGGCUGUUGGUGCUGAAUCAAGACUGGACAGAUACAAGAAAAGAUUGGGGCAGUAAAGAGGUAAUAAGCAAACUCAGCAUCUUAUAACCAGUGCUGUGGGCGGGCACCAUGCCAAGAGGACUGUGCUGCAUUCUGGAUUCUGAUCUUCUACAUUAACGAAAUUCCUAGAAAAAAGGACCAUCCAUGUUUAGGAAUUAUCUAGAACCAUGGGUGUGGGCAGUGCAGAAAAUCUGAAGUGACUUGAAGACCCGUACCUGUGUCAUGCUUGCUACUGAACGCUUCCCCUCGCUUGUCAGCCAGCGGGUACAGCAGCGUGCUGACUCCAGGUCAGACUGGCUGAGUGGCAACUGACUCUUUCUGGAGCUGUUAAUGUUGAACAAGUUACUCGAGCUUUUCGCUGUGUUUCUGUGAAAUAGUUAAUAUAAUUCCUGCCUAUUGAUAGUUCCUACUCUGUAUUAUAAAGAGAAGCCAUGGAAAACAUUGUAGCUGUCUAUAGAAAUGACUCAGUAAGUACAAAAUACUGUUUACCCAUUAUCAUGUUGCAAGUGGAGACCUGUUUCCACAUUGGCAGUUUGGAAAGUACCAGUGCCCUUCUUGGUCUGCAAGUCUAUCUUCUUAGUUCUCUCCUUCCUUCCUCCUCACUCACUGCUGUAGGUCUCAUGAUGUUGUCAUCUCAUUCAGUCUUUGCAAACAUGCAAUGAAUUCCUCCAUUUUUUUCCAGCAAUAAAACUCAGGGCCAGGGAGGAAUAUAAUAUUAGCCAAGGCCUCGGGUCUAGAAAACCCCAUCAUGUUGUCCUUCUCUGCUUAUGUAAGAUGGUUCCUAAUGACUUUGUGGGCUGUAUAUCUUAAGUUAAAGCAAUAGCACGGAGAGCACAGACCCUGCUUCAGUUAAAACAUGGCUCUUCCUGCCACACUGCAUUUAGUCUGUCAGAGGCAUUAUUUCCCAACUUAGCUCUUUCUCAAAAUCCCAUGGCCAACUUUUUCUUCCUCAAUGGAAAGUACUUUAGACUGAGACCUAAGAAGACCCGGCGUAGUCCCGGUAUGUGACCUCACACUGCUCUAAGGCCUUACUGGGGCCUGCUCCUCCUUCAGUAUGAUGAAGAGAUUCUAAACCCAAGAAUCUCAGCCUUUUGUCCCCUAGGAUUUAAAUGUCUAGUGCCAUUUAGACCUUGCUGAGUGGCCAGGUUACCAGUAUCUCAGUGGUAAUGUGACCGUUUCUUCACUGAGUAUCUCACACUGGAAGGCAGGACUGUCAUUGUACUCUUUCAGGAGAUGCUAGGGAAAUGCUCAGCAUGGGAAGAGUAGGCUUGUUCUAGUAACAGAUGACUUGAAUUCCUCCGUGUAUAUGCCAGGCUAGGGCUGGGGACCUGUGUGGUCCUUCAUGCCACUGUGGCCCCAGCCCUCAGCCUACAUACACACAGGUGCUAACUUAGGGAGUGUAGCAGAUAGGUGUUCUCUAAGCCAUUUAAAUUCUUAAGAAACCUUGCUCCUUUGAGUUGGAAACUACAGAAAAUCUUUUGUAAAUACACAAGGACUUAGGUUAGAAAUGGAGAAUGUCUUUAUUCUGAGACUCAGAGUUGUUCUUCAUCUCCCCACUGUACACAACACUGCACAUUUAGAAGCUGGCUUUAAAAAAUAAGCAGCCUGGGUCAACCAGGACAUUAAGGACCACACACCCCAUUCUUCUGUCUUCUGGUGUUCUAUGGACUUGUAACCAUGCGGAGGUCAGGUAUUGGUCCUAUUUCUAAGGCCUUAGGCAAGAUGUAGAUGCUGAGAAGUUUUAAGGAAAUGGACAGGCGGUGGGGCGGGGAUAGGAGUUAUGCCACAGAAUCCACUUCAACUGUUGUUAGCUGUUUAGUCUUGUAGCAUUAUUGAUACUGGCUGUGGUGGCACAUGUCUUUAAUCCCAGCACUCAGAGGCAGAGGUGAGCAGAUCUCUGUAUCUCUGUGAGUUUGAAGUUACCCUGGUAUACACAGCAAGUUCCAGGAUGGCCAACGCUACACAGAGAGAUCCUUUUCUGUAUUAUCAUUGAGAAAAAGAUUUGAAGAGUCCAAGCAGAUGUCCUAUGUGACUUGCUUCCUGUCUGUGCCACUUUACCCCAAUCAGAGCUUUCCAUACAGAUCAGCAAGGCAUCACGUGAGGGACAUUGGGGGUGGGGGGUGCACUCCUCUGUCUUCAGGCUCACAACUGGAUAUUUGAAAGUUUGGCCUUUUAUCUCUUUCUUUAAAAAUGUUGCAGGAUAGGCAGAGGUAGGCAGAUCUGUGAGUUCGAGGCCAGCCUAAUCUACAUAGCAAGUUCCAGAUGAGCCAGGGCUACACAGUGAGAUGGCCCAGGGCAGGGAGUAGGCCGAGGAGAGAGGACUAGGCGGCUCAGUAGCACUACUGCUCUUGCACAGCAUCCAGCUAUGAUUCCCACAUGGUGGCUCACAACCAUCGGUAACUCCAGUCCAGGGAACCUGAUGCCCCUUCUGACUUCCGGGAGAACCAGGCAUGUGUGUGCCACACAUACAUAUAUGCAAGGAACCCAGGCAUAAAUUAAAAAAAUAAAUAUUCUGAAAACAAAUAGAAGUGAAAUCUGCACCACUAGUUCGAUGCAGCAUGGCACAUCCAGGCCAGGUAGAGUCAUUGUCACCAAAGAAAGAAGCUGAUAAGCACAAAUGGAUACAGACAAAUCAAUAACUUUUCAAAGUUGUUGAUCUGUGAUAGAAUUUGCAUGCAAAGAAUUGAUCUCUUUGAAACUGUUCAAUAAUACAAAAUGGAAAAUAUUGAAAUAUUAAUUCACCUAUCUUAUCAAUCUUACCACUGGGCAUGUUGUUCAUCAGUACAUUACCCUGCUUGGGUGGGGGGAACUCUGUGUGCGUGUGUGUGUGUGUGUGUGUGUGUGUGUGUGUGUGUGUGUGUGUGUGUGUGUGUGUUAACUUUCCACCGGGUGGCCCUAGCCUUUAAUCUCAGCACUCAGGAGGCAGAGACAGGUGAAUCUCUGUGAGUUUGAGGCCAGCCUAGUCUAUAAAGCAAGUUCCAGGACAGCCAGGGCUGUUGUUCAGAAAACCCUGUCUUGAAAAACACUAAAACAAAAGAAGUUAGCUUUGCUUAAUUGCAUUAACUCAGAAGAUCCUCCACCAGAACUUAGCAAUACUGAGGAGUUACUCUGCUGAGGAAACCCUUUGAUGUGUAACAGGCCAGGUUGCCCUGGGAAUAGUAUGGCAGAUUAUGACAGCCUGUGUCUGCCCAGCAUUGAAAAUCACUGCUUUACUUAGCAGCAUUUAGGAGCCUUCUGGAGAUCCCCACACCCCACACCACCCCUCCCCUGCUCACUAUAUACUUCUUAAAGGACAGAGCUGACUUAGUUUCAAAGGGCGCAAAGGAUGAAGUUGCUACCUAAGUAGGGAGGUGAGGAGACAAGGGAUGGAGGAGCAGUUGUCAGUAAUGACUCUUCUCUUGGGAGGGACCAAAAGGUGCUAAGCUCUGAUACUUAAAUAUUAUUCAGCUGCCUUGGCUUGCUACGUCCUAGUCUUGUCUACUAGACCCCAUUGAAAGUCAAGUCAGCAACUCUGGUAAAUGGUGUGUGGCAGAGUGCCCUCUUGAAAGCUGACGGCUUGGAGAAAGGUAAAGUCUCAAUGAGAGAAGGACAAAUUGAUCUCUGCCGUGUCUACAUUGACUGUGGAUAUAUCGAUGGAUUUGGAGAAAAUAGUUCAUGCUGU